AUGCCGGGGAAAAUGUCUCCUCCGCCGCCCCACUACGGCUUCCUCCGGAACUGCACGUGCAUGCACCCCCGUAAGAAGAUGGGGAUGAUGCACAUGACCUUCUUCUGGGGCCACAACGCCGAGGUCCUCUUCGACCGGUGGCCAGGCACUGACCCCAAGAUGUAUGCCGUCUCUCUUGCCUUCGUCUUCGCCAUGGCUGAGCUCGUGGAGCUCCUCUCUUGCUGCAAGCUCGUCCGGCGAGCAGGUUCGGACUGUAAUUUCGCCGUGGGCAUCUUUCGGACGGUUCUCUACACGGUGUGCUGCGGGCUGAACUACAUGGUGAUGCUCGCCGUCAUGUCGUUCAACGACGGCAUCUUCCUCGCUACGGUUAGCGGCCACUCGCUAGGGUUUUUGGCCUUUGGCAGUCGGGUUUCUAAGAAGUCCAGCGGGGCGGGCUUCGUGAAGGAGUGAACUGAUCUUCCACCUAU